AAGUCAGUUUAGUUUCAAAAAAGUUUACGCCAAUACAAGAACGCUCGGUGGUAGACGGAAAAUAUAUUUAUUAAAAGAAGGAAAUGGAAAUCAAAAAUCAAUAGAUAAUGAAAAAUCAUUAAAAAAGUGCAAAUUAUUGGAAAAUAUAUGGAUGAGUGUUGAGGUGAUUUGUGUACCAUUUACGAUCGGAUCGAAGCGAUAAAUCAAAUUUAUAUGAACGCCAGGCAGAGCCAGUGUAAAAUGUUAAAAAUAAAUGGCAAUGCAUUUUACAAUCGCCGUGUUUCCGAGACGGGGCUCAAGGGCAGUGGCGUCCACCUUUAAUUACGUCUGGCAGUGAGAUUCGAUUCGACUCGAUUCCGAAAAACUUGUGUACUGCAUCCGAGAUAACCGAAAACUAAAACUAAAUAAAAAAUAAAAAAAAAGAAAACCUAAAAAUAAUUGGCGAACAAGAUGCGACACAAAUAUUUGGCCAACAGCCGCGGGCAUGUCAAAGGCCGCCACCCAGAUCCGUGUGGUUGUGACUGUGAAUCGUUGUGAUUACAAUUUCGAUUUGAUUACGAUAUUUUGAUCGUGAUUUUGAGUACGGAACUUCGUUCGUGUGCAUCGCUUGCUUCAUGUUUAACAACACGCAUCAGGAUGAGUACAUUCGCGAAUAUGCCUUCGAGCCGGAGUUGCUGAUCAAUCGCGAGGACUACCAAAGGAAGGAAGAGCGCUCCCAUCGAUCCACAUCCACCGCCUCCACGCCCAUUCGCCAGCGCUGGGAUGACGUUAUUGCCAAGCAAAAGGAGCAGCAUCGCAAACAGAGCAUCGAUCCGCCCGGCGAUGACAAGAACCAGAUCGAGAUCGAAAUCGAGGCUUUCUAUUAUAUGUAUGGUCGUUAUACCAAAGAUCUAGGAGAAUUUGCCAAGGAUGAAGCCAGAAAGCUCAAAAUACUCGAAAAACGACGAAAGCAGGAAGAUAAACAAAGGAAUAAGGAACUAUUGGGCAAACACUCGACCCGGGCGAAGCGAGUGUCAUCAUGGGUCUGGAAGCAUACGGUGGCCCGACUGGGCGAGGACUGGGUCUUCCUGGCACUACUGGGCAUCAUCAUGGCGAUGCUCUCAUUCAUUAUGGACAAGGGCAUAUCCAUAUGUACAAACGCGCGAAUUUGGCUGUAUCGGGAUCUGACGUCACAGCCUUUUGUUCAGUACAUAGCAUGGGUCUCACUGCCGGUCUGUUUGAUAUUAUUCUCAGCCGGGUUUGUCCAUCUCAUCGCACCGCAAAGUAUAGGUUCCGGUAUACCCGAAAUGAAGACCAUACUGCGCGGCGUUCAAUUGAAAGAGUAUCUCACAUUUAAGACACUAGUGGCCAAGGUAAUUGGUUUAACGGCAACUCUGGGCAGCGGUAUGCCAUUAGGAAAGGAAGGUCCUUUCGUACAUAUAGCAAGUAUUGUAGCACAAUUAUUAAGUAAACUUGUCACAUCAUUCCAAGGCAUAUAUGAGAAUGAGUCGCGAAACUCUGAAAUGUUGGCGGCUGCCUGUGCCGUCGGUGUGGGCGCCUGUUUUGCAGCACCAGUGGGUGGUGUACUUUUCAGUAUAGAGGUCACCACCACUUACUUUGCGGUGCGCAAUUACUGGCGUGGUUUCUUUGCGGCUGUGUGUGGCGCCACUGUCUUCCGACUUUUGGCCGUGUGGUUCCAAAAUGCCGACACUGUUCGGGCCCUGUUUCUAACGAACUUCACCACCGAGUUUCCCUUCGAUCCCCAGGAGUUGUUUGUCUUCGCCUUGAUAGGUCUCGUUUGUGGAUUAGGAGGCGCAUCAUACGUUUGGGUCCAUCGGCGGUAUGUCCUGUUUAUGAGAUCCAAUAAGAGGAUGAAUAAGUUCCUGCAGAAGAAUCGCUUUUUGUAUCCGGGAUUCUUGGCCCUGUUGGUCUCCAGCAUAUCGUUUCCCCUGGGAACUGGUCAGUUUCUAGCCGGCGAACUGAGCACUCACGAGCAGGUGACCCAGCUCUUCAGCAAUUUUACGUGGUCAAGGGAUGAUCUUACCGUGGAGCAGGCGGCUGUGGUGACCCACUGGAUGACCAGCUAUACCAGCGUUUUUGGAAAUCUUGUCAUUUACACCCUCUUUACGUUUAUGUUCUCCAUUAUCGCCUCCACGAUUCCAGUUCCGUCGGGCAUGUUUAUUCCGGUUUUCAAGAUCGGGGCUGGCUUUGGUCGGCUGGUGGGCGAGUUCAUGGCGGUCACAUUUCCCCAUGGCGUCCGGUACGGCGGCCGACUGUCGCCCAUUAUGCCAGGUGGCUAUGCCGUCGUCGGAGCUGCCGCCUUUUCCGGAUCCGUGACGCACACGGUAUCCGUGGCUGUGAUCAUUUUCGAGAUGACGGGCCAGAUAACGCACGUGGUGCCUGUGAUGAUUGCCGUGCUAGUGGCCAAUGCUGUGGCAGCGCUCCUCCAACCGUCGAUAUACGACAGUAUUAUAUUGAUUAAGAAGCUGCCGUACCUGCCCGAUCUGCUGCCCUCCAGUUCCGGGAUGUACAGCAUUUUCGUGGAGGACUUUAUGGUGCGGGAUGUGAAGUACAUAUGGCAUGGCAUCUCCUACCAGAAGCUCAAAGAAGUCCUCAAGCUGAACAAGACGCUGAGAUCCUUGCCACUGGUUGACAGCCCGGAUAACAUGAUCCUUCUGGGAUCCGUGCAGCGGUACGAGCUGAUCAAAAUGAUUGAGAAGCACAUUGGACGUGAGAAGCGAAUGGAGGUGGCCCAAAAGUGGCAAAAGGAGGCCCAAGAGAGAGCCCUCGAGGAGGAGAAGAAAAAGAUGGAAGUGGAGCUAAAGAUGCGACGUCCAUCAAGGUUUGAGGUUCUUCCUGCUCCGGAUAUCUUGAGUCUGCGGCAGAUCGCCAACGAUGAAAUGCUGCCGCCCAAGAAACGGGCAGAGACGUUGCAUGGCUCGCUGGCGCCGAGGAAGUCAAUUCUAAAGAAGACAAACUCCUUUAAUCUAAAGACCUACACUCAACCCAUGGGCCUGAGUCCCAGUAUCACGCCCUCGCCUUACACAACGAUCACCGGCAACUCAGAGUUCCGCAUCCGCUCGGCCUUUGAGGCUAUCUUCAAAAAGUCCACGACGCUCCAGGACGUUCAGCCGGAUCCGGAAACGGGCUCUCUAUCUCCGGCCGCCAGCAACACCGAGGUAGAGGUGCCGCGUACUCCCAGCACUCCGGGGGUAUCCAAAAAGGUUCAGCUGUCUGCACAAAGCAAUUGGGAUUUUGUAACCGAUCAAAUUAUGCUGCAAGUAAACCCUAUUUCAACGGAUGAAACAAAAUUGCCUGCCGAAAAGGAUAGUACGGAAAUGGCAUUAUCAAAUAAUGGGGAUAAUUCUAGCCAAUCUCCAAGCAUUAAAUUCAAAACAAAUAAAGUUGCAGAUGUAAAUAGAUCUCCUCAAACUGCAAAAAAGUGCACGAAAAUAAGGUUUGCCAACGAAGUUGGAAUAAAUGGUUCCCCUUCUCGAACGAAAUGUGAAAUUAAAGAAGCCAAUGAAGCGGGUUACUCUAUAGAAGAUGUGGAUGAAACGAUAAGUCCGGAGGCGGAUGUCGAGAUCAUUCAAAAGCCGAAGUCAGUGCAACUGCCUAGAGAACGUGUCAUUGACAUGUCUCCCGAGGAUCAGAAGCAAUGGGAGCUCGAGGAGAUGUUGAAACCCAUCGACCUGCAAAAGGCCAAUGUGCACAUAGAUCCCUCACCGUUCCAGCUAGUGGAACGCACCUCCAUACUCAAGGUUCACUCGCUGUUUUCGAUGGUCGGCAUCAACCACGCUUAUGUGACCAAAAUCGGAAGACUUGUGGGAGUGGUGGGACUUAAAGAAUUACGAAAAGCCAUCGAAGACAUUAAUAGCAAUAGUUUUGUGCCCCCUACUCGAGACGAGGAUGCGGAUAACAAGCCAUCAGUUGAAAAGCCCCUGCUGUCGACAAACACUAGCGAUAAAGCUGUGGACAUGACCGUCACCUCAAUGGACUCGGCACUAUCCAAUUCCGAGAACUGCUCGGACAUCGAAAUGGAGCACAUAAAGCACACGGAUAAGGGCACAGUAUCGCUCACCAUGCCGGCGCAGGAAUCUAACCAAAACCCACCGGCGGACACAAAUACCACAGAUAAGGGCAAUCAUGCUUGAAACAAGAUGAUCGCCUAACAGAAUAGUACAUACGAUACGUAUACGUAAUAUGUUUGUAAAGAUCAGCUAAACACCUAUCAUAUAAGUUACGCCUUACACGAGUUAGUCAUCAAUGUUAUUAUGUAUUUAUAUCUCGUUAGUUCAUAAUGUCAAAGAUAUCGUGAUUUAUAUUUAAGUUGAAAAGAAAAUUAAGUCAUCAACGAAAA